UUAAUUUGGCCUGUCUAGUUACCUUAUUUUCCAUGUGCCAAAUGAAUAUUAACUGAGUGUCAGUAAAUUUUAAAUGAUGAAGCCUUUGUUUAUAAAUAGAAAGAUUCGAUAUGGUGAAAAAAGUUAUAUGAGUGGGCUUAGGUUAAAAAACUAGAUGAGGCAAUUUGCAUCGAACGAUCUCUCUCUAUAUAGACACAUAUUCAUCGAGAGUGGAUUAUAAUCAAACCCACAAAACAUUUACUUCAUAUUUUCUUCUUAAAGAGAGAGAGAUAAUGGCAACGUACAAAUCUUCUGGGAAGCUUGACCUAGAAUCUCCGGCAGUCGAAUUCAUUGAACACUUAACCAGAAAGAAAAAUCAUGUUUCAUUCUUUUUUGCUGCUGUGGACUUGAGGUUCGAAGUCGAGCCGAAGGAUUCGGAGACAAGAGCAGUGACCAUGAGCAUACAUGGGAACCUCACGGAAAGCUACAAAACGAUCAAAGCAACAUUCACCGUCGCUCCUGGGGAAGACAUGACAGCUAGCUGCCUGGCGUACACCUUUGAGUUCGAGAAGAUUAGCCAUAACAUCGAAGAUAAAAAGAUCGUUGAAUCUCUGCUCACGUACAUCAGUUUAAGCGAUGUCAGCUACAAGAGGAAAUUUAAGCAUAACUCCAUUGACACUGGGUAUCCGGCUGAAAAAUACUUUAAAGAUUUCGUCAACGCAUUUGAAAAUGAUGAUGAGGUGGAGAUGGGUGGUGUCGAUUGGCAGAAAAGGACAUUUACGGUGAGUUUCAUCAGCGCUCCUUCCAUGAUGGAAAAUUUCGAGACGAUCAAAGUAACCAUCACUAUUAUUCCGAAGAAAGAAGGUAGCCGCGUGAAAUGGAGCAUCGAGGUCGAGAAGAUUGAUGAUGACACCCAAGAACCAGACUCGUUCCUCUUCAUAGCCUGUUCUAUCCGUGAGACCAUCCAGAGCAAGUUUGGUAACUAAAUGCUAUAAAUCGGAAGGUUCAUCUACAUAUAGGACCGUCUAAAUAAAGUGGCACUUAUAUCAUUUAUAUGUCUACUACGUUUGCAUUAUAUGCAUGAAUUUCUUAUAACCCUUGGUAUUGGGAAUGUAUGGACCUCGUAGUCGUAAUGCUCUAUGAAUAAUAUAUCUAUUUGCAUAGUCUUGUUGGACUGGUGAUUAUAAUAUAUCGAAAAGGCUAAUUUAACAAUCCGCAUUUCGUCACUGAGAUAUAUGCUACUCACACAUUGAUUAAGAUUCUGAAAAUUAUGUUGAAAGAAAUUCUUAAACUAAACGCUUAGGGUCAAAUGCAGAUAGAAGCCAAUUAUCGUAUACUGGCAAAUUAAAUUAUACAUACUUUUUAACCAAAGAGACAUUGAUAAUUUGGUAGUAGCUAUUAUCCGUAAUCUUUUCAUGAUAAAUAACAAAUAAUUUUAAAGUUAAGUAAUAGUUACUGGUUAGUAACAAGUCUUUUAAUUAAAUUUGUUAUUAUAUAAUGUAUGAAAAAUUGAAAAUCACGCGCCUCACGCGCCUAAGAAAAAAUCCUUCCAAACUGAGGUCGACUUUUUUUCUUCUCCACUGUCGCUCUCAGGGGCGACGGCCCCUCCCCGCCACCAUGGCCAAAAAAAACCCUCCAAGAAGCCCCUCCCCAGCCACAACUCUCCGUCCCCCAAGAAGUCCUCUGUUCAACCGAAGGUCUCUGUUCCUCCUAUUGAAGAUCCGAUGCAUGCGCUCGAUGCAGCCGCUGUGCUUGUUUUGCCAAGCGCUUCUCUUGGAAACUCCGACUGUGAAGUCACGCCAUCCCCGUCCCUGUCUGCAGAGCUUGAUGUUCAACAAGGUUUGGUCUCGGACACGGAUUCCCCAAUUUCUCAAACCCUAGCUACAGUGUCUUGCGAUGUACCUGUAGCAAAAGAGGGUAUCACCAUCCUCGUUUCUCCAACUAGCGCGGGAAAGUUUUCAAAUGUCCCCACCUCUGAUUCUGAGCAGCCAGAACCUCCAUCCCCCUCUUCUGAGCAGGCAACCGUAAUCCUCUUCUGCUUCUGAGCAGACAAAGGCUCCGUCCUCCUCUCCUGAGCAGGCUAAGUCACAGGCGGAAAUCUGGAAAAGAUUUGUCAAACCCACGCAAAUCAAACUCCAACCGAAAGAAACACCAUUUCUCUUGGAAUCUGGAGAGGCGUGUGUUACCAUCCCGAACUUUGUGGUGGAGAAAAACAAGAAAGCAUGGGACUGUUUUAUUAUGGGUCAGUUCUAUGAAGACGCUCCGGCUCGAGGUGCUGUCCAUGCUAUAUCAAAUGGUAUAUGGAGAAAGCAGAGAAGGGACAUUUCGGUAUCCAAAAUGGAAGGGAACACCUUCCUCUUUCGUGUACCUUGCCCUAAUGCUCGGCGCGGGAUUCUCAGCCAAAACUUUUGGCAAUUUGAUGGCCAAACAAUGUUUGUCGCCAAAUGGGCUCCGGGCUUGCAGCAGAUUAAACCGGAACUUGAAAUGGUGCAUGUGUGGCUUGAAUUCACUGGUGUUUCGCUUCAGUUCUUCAACAGUGAUGCUCUUCAAGAGAUUGCAGGCAUAGUGGGCCACCCGGUCUGCUUACAUCCAACAACUUUGAAUCUAACGAACACUGAAGUUGCGAAAGUCUACACAGUCAUCGACCCAAGGAAGCCUAUUCCUGAAUUUGUCAAUGCGAGAUUUGAGAAUGGUGAUACAAGGAGAAUUGGAGUAACGAGCCCUUGGCUGCCUUCCCAAUGCUCCUUCUGCAAAAAGCUAGGUCACACCAUCUCCCGCUGUAAAGCUUCUCCAAGGACAUGUGCUGCUUGUAACUCAGUUAGGCAUACUGCUGAAAAUUGUUCGAGAGGUCUUAACCUACCUCCAAAGGAUAAAGGGAAGGCGCCUAUAAAAAUUAUGAUGCCUAUUGUUCCUCAGAACAAGAAAGCGUCUACUCCCGAGCAGGUCUAUAGGGAAGUGCAGAAGUCAGCUUCAGUUCCUACUCAUUAUGUGUUAGCUAGGGAUUCCGUAGCAAAUACAUCGGUUGUAGCUGAAGUGGUAAAGUAGGACCUCUUUUGAUUUCAAAUGACGGGAUCACUGUCAAUACGGUUCAUAAUCUGAGUAAAGGUCAGCUCUACGUCGACCUCUCGGGAUCCCCUGGUUUCUCUCUCAUCUCCCCAUCAUCCUCUGGUGAGUCAUCUUCGGAGAUGGACUCUCUCUCUGAUGAUGAAGAUAACCCGGAUGAUAACCAUGAUGAUUUCAUCGAUGUCAUAUCUAAGCGGUCUAAGAGGCAAGCGAGGGAUAAGGAGAAGGCAAGAGCAAGGGCUUGAGGCCCUCAAAUCCUCUAAAUUUUACCAGUUUUAUGGAUAUUUUUUUAUUGGAACAUAAGAGGUUUCAAUGAUUCUGUAAAGCGGAGAGGUUUUAGAAAAUGGUUCAAAAAACAAAAACCUAUAUUCAGAGGUUUCAUCGAGACGCAUGUACAGCUGGCUAAAGCGACGACUAUAGUAUCUCGUACGCUCCCGGGUUGGUCUUUUGCAAAUAAUUAUGAGUUCUCGGAUCUCGGGAAGAUAUGGCUUCUAUGGCACCCUUCGGUCCAUGUUACUGUCAUCUAGAAAUCUCUUCAAGUCAUCACUUCUCAGGUUAAACUUCCAUCGUUCAACUCUGAGUUUAUUGUCUCUGUGG